UAUACACCGAUAAUUUAUAUCCUGCUUUCCUGUAAUAUUUACAACACACCUUCUAGUCAUAUGACACGAUGGAAGUUCCGUGAAAUUGCAGGUGGCGCAAUUGUAACCUUAAAUACCUCGUGAUAUGUUUUCUCGGUUUUCUCUAUCGAUUUUGUUUGCCAGUACAAUAUAAUACAUACCAGUGUAUAUUUAGUUUCAUACGAAGCUUCAUCUCUGUGUGACAUGUUGCGUGAGUGUUUGUAUAUGUAUCGAAGUAGCAAGUAGCAAGACUGAGCAAGACCCUAGGGAUUUCACAUUCUCAUCUUAUUCGGUUAAACUACACAAGAGACAGAGAUAUUGAAUUGUGCAAUGAUAACAGGAAGAGUUCGAUCGUAAUAUUCUAUUUGGAUGAAAAGUAAAUCCGCCCAAACGGACAAAAAAAAAGAUGGGUUCCCUGUUCAGGAGCGAGGAGAUGACCUUGUGUCAACUCUUCCUGCAGAGUGAAGCAGCGUAUGCCUGUGUUUCCGAGCUUGGAGAACUCGGCCUUGUACAAUUUCGAGACCUCAACCCAGAUGUAAAUGCCUUCCAACGAAAAUUUGUCAAUGAGGUGCGUCGCUGCGAUGAGAUGGAACGCAAGCUACGCUACCUGGAGAAGGAGAUCAAAAAAGAUGGUAUACCGAUGCUGGAUACCGGUGAAAAUCCGGAAGCUCCUCAACCCAGAGAAAUGAUAGAUCUUGAAGCAACUUUUGAAAAAUUGGAGAACGAACUUCGAGAAGUCAACCAAAAUGCAGAGGCGUUGAAACGCAACUUUUUGGAACUUACAGAACUCAAGCACAUACUGAGAAAAACUCAGGUCUUUUUUGAUGAGGCUGAGCAUGGAGGUGUCGUGUCGCAGAUGGCAGACCCAAGCCGUGAGGAAGAGCAAGUCACUCUCUUGGGUGAGGAGGGCCUCCGCGCUGGCGGCCAGGCUCUUAAGCUCGGCUUCGUCGCUGGAGUCAUACUGAGGGAAAGGAUCCCUGCUUUCGAACGGAUGCUGUGGCGAGCUUGCAGAGGAAAUGUAUUCCUUCGUCAAGCUGAGAUUGAGACACCUCUGGAAGAUCCAUCCACGGGGGACCAAGUCUUCAAAUCCGUCUUCAUAAUAUUCUUUCAAGGUGACCAACUGAAGACUCGGGUUAAGAAAAUCUGCGAAGGUUUCAGGGCGACCCUCUAUCCUUGCCCGGAGGCACCUGCCGAUCGUCGUGAAAUGGCCAUGGGCGUGAUGACGCGCAUCGAGGACCUUAACACUGUUCUCGGACAGACACAGGAUCACCGACAUCGCGUACUCGUUGCUGCUGCCAAAAACAUCAAGAAUUGGUUUGUCAAAGUUCGCAAGAUCAAGGCUAUCUAUCACACGCUCAACUUGUUCAACUUGGACGUCACCCAAAAGUGUCUCAUCGCAGAAUGUUGGGUUCCUGUUUUGGAUAUCGAAACUAUACAGUUGGCUCUACGGCGUGGAACUGAACGCAGCGGAAGUUCGGUUCCACCGAUAUUGAAUCGUAUGCAAACGUUCGAGGAUCCACCGACGUACAACCGUACGAAUAAAUUUACGAAAGGUUUCCAGGCUCUGAUAGACGCCUACGGUGUAGCCUCCUACCGAGAAAUGAAUCCAGCGCCGUACACGAUAAUUACUUUUCCAUUUCUCUUCGCCGUCAUGUUCGGCGAUACGGGCCACGGUCUCAUAAUGUUUCUCUUCGGUGCCUGGAUGGUACUGAAGGAAAAACCAUUGGCGGCUCAGAAAUCGGACAACGAGAUUUGGAACAUCUUUUUCGGCGGUCGUUACAUCGUUUUUCUCAUGGGUCUAUUCUCUAUGUAUACCGGAUUGAUAUACAACGACGUAUUUUCAAAGUCGCUCAAUAUCUUUGGCUCCUAUUGGUCGGUUAAAUACGACUGGAAAACGAUGCAUGGAAAUAAAAAUCUUCAAUUAGAUCCGAACACCACGUCAUACGUUGGGUAUCCGUACCCAAUCGGCAUGGAUCCGGUGUGGCAAUUGGCAGAGAACAAAAUCAUAUUUCUCAAUUCUUAUAAAAUGAAAAUUUCUAUUAUUUUCGGCGUUAUACACAUGCUGUUCGGCGUCACUGUUGGCCUCUGGAAUCACAUGAACUUCAAGCGUUCCAUGAACAUCAUUUGCGAGUUUAUUCCUCAAAUCGUAUUCCUCAGUUUCUUGUUUCUCUACAUGGUUAUUCUCAUGUUCAUCAAGUGGAUUAAAUUCGAUCCGAAAGAGCAAGAUAUCGCUUGGGGACCGUACUGCGCUCCGUCGAUUCUUGUUACCUUCAUCAACAUGGUCCUCAUGAACGAAUCAAAAACGUUUUCUGGUUGCCACGAAUGGAUGUACGCCGGCCAAGGAGUUUUCCAGAGGAUGCUCCUUGUUCUCGCACUCCUUUGCAUCCCAUGGAUGUUGCUAGCAAAACCGAUCAUGAUGAUGCGCAGUCGGAGAGCACGUCAUGUUCAGUUGAACAAUCAUGGAACGGAAAACGGUGACGUUGAGGGUGGCCCAGGUGCCAUUCAACAAAACCCGGAUGCACCGGUCGCUCAUAAAGAAGAGGAAAUUGAAAUGAGCGAAGUUUUUAUUCAUCAAGGUAUUCAUACGAUUGAAUACGUACUGGGGAGUGUUUCUCACACGGCUUCGUACUUGCGUCUCUGGGCCUUGUCGCUCGCCCAUGCGCAACUGUCGGAAGUACUGUGGAACAUGGUGAUGAGAAACGGUUUGGCUAGCGAGGGUCCGAUCGGAGGAGUCAUGCUCUGGGCAAUUUUCGCUUUCUGGGCCGUCCUCACCGUAGGAAUUCUUGUUCUCAUGGAAGGCCUUUCCGCGUUCUUGCACACUCUCCGUCUCCACUGGGUGGAGUUCCAGAGCAAAUUUUACGGUGGUUUAGGAUACGGAUUCACCCCGUUCUCCUUCGAAAUAAUUCUCGAAUCAGCUCAGGCUACUCCCGAGGACUAGACGCUAUUCGAGUCAUAAAGACAAACAUAGUUCGCUAAAUUGCUGAGAAAAUGAAAUAUGCACUUAAAUUAGCCUCUCAGCUGGUAUAUAUCUAUUGGAAUUCGUGAGUUUCUCUCUACCGGACGUGUCUUUUUAUUUCAUCUCUCGAACGAAAAUAAUCUCCAUUUUCCCAACAUGUAACUUUGGCUUCUUCAAAAUACAAUUUCCUCUUUACCAGACCGUUUAACCGUUAUAUUCCUCGGUUGAAAAAGAAAGUGAAAAUUUAACGCGUCGUUAGAACGGCAGGUGCUUUUUUUACUUGUUUCAUUCCGGAUUUUUGAUUUCGAGAGUAUCGAAUAUUGAAGGAAAAACGAAGAUAAUAACUCUCUAUUAAAUGUAAUAGUUAUGCAUGUAUUCUGUUAGUCCGUUUGUUAUUCAUGAAAGCUGAAAGAGAGACAAGAGAAUUUGAAGAUAUCGCGUUCUUUUUAAAUCUAUUAAAUCAACUAUUUACGAAUCCGUAGCCUCUUGAAUCAAGUUCUUGAUGGACUAGAAAAAGGAAAAUAUAAUGUUGUCAAGUUUGCUGCGACGAAGAGUGAAGGAUUCUUUUGUAGACGAUAGCUUCAAAAAUUGAAUUAAAAAAUACAUUUUUCUCGUAAACAACCCUUAGAAGAAAAGAUAAUUGUUGCUGACAAUCUAAAAUAAAAAAAAAAUAAAAACAAAUAAUGGAAUUCUUCGCUCGAUCGCUAUAGAUCUGAUGUUGUAGUGAUAAAACUACUUGAAAUGUUUAAAAAAAAAAAAAAACACAUUGAGAAUGUUAAUCUAUUGAAAUAUACAUAACUAUAAAUAUUUAAUCUGUCUCUCGUGAAACUCCAUGGCACUCUGUACUACUAUAUUAUAUUAUUUCGAUGGUAUUAAAAGAAAAGAAAAAAACGAA